ACAAAAAGAAUUUACACUCCUAUUCCUUGCCCAAACCGUCCCUGCUCUAUAUACAAUCAUUUCAAAAUCAAAAUCUACAAUUUGAUCCUUGCGAAAAUUAACCCUACUCUUCUUGAUUUAGGGUUUUGAUUUUGGUUUUUGUAAUGUUAUAUUUAUUACUUUAAGGGUAGAUUUCUUUCGGCCACUCAGACAAUAACAAUAUUCAGGGAGGUAGCAAUGUCUUUCAUGAAGGGAGAUUUGCUUAACCGAACCAGAAAGCUGGUGAAGGGCUUGGCCAUGGCGGAGCCUCGUUGGCUCAAAGCCAUGGAACAGGCACCACCCGCAGUAUUUCCACGUAGCGAUGGGAAAGUAAAGAAGAUCAGUCUCCCUGAGGAUAUCUAUAUAAAGAAAUUCUUCAAGAAGCAUCCUGAAUCCAAACCUGAAGAUGCGUUCAAGUUUCUUUCAUUUGAUCCUCCUCCAGCCCGUGUAUUUGGUUUGCGGGUGCUUGAGUUGAAGGAGCAAGGAGUUAAUGAGGAGGAAGCAAUGGCAGUUGCCGACUUCGAGUAUAUGGGGGAGAAGAAAGCUAAGAAGAAGGCAUAUGCUCGGCUGAAGCAAAUUGCUCGUGCUCAAGGGAAGAAGCCUCCUCCAAGCCCAUAUCUUAAUGCCAUCAAGGAGAUUCAUGCUGAGGAGAAGAAGUUUGUUCGUGACAGAUUCUUCAAUCCCAAGAUGCAUGAAAUUAUCAAGAAAAUGAAAGAGCACCAAGCAGCUGAAGCACAGGACAGAUUCAGAGGUGGUGGCUGGUAGACCUGCAAAUUGGUAUGUGAGAUUCACACUUGUGCCCUUUUUACGGUUUCUAAUAAUUUAGAACAGAGUAGGGGUCCAUAAAGAGUUACGUUAUCUUUAGAUGUAAUCCAAAUUUUUUUAUGCGUCUUAUUUUUAUCUUUGAUGGUCAAUUUUUAAGUUUUGAUGCUGUGGGUAGAGUCACUUGUUUUUCUUGAUGUGCACGGUAGUGAUCAUCACAGUUUAUGUGGGAGUGAUGAAUGAUAUUCCACCACAAGUGGUGGUGAUAGAUGUAUUUUUGAGUAUUUUUAUAAUCUGAUAUCUUAAGUAGUUGUUGCAUUUUAGAUGAAAAUGCGACUGUUGUUCA